AUGAGUUGGGAUUUUGGGUUCAGGAGAAAUUUAAAUGACCAAGAAAUUGAAGAGUUGGCCGCGUUGUUGGCUAAACUGGAAAAUGUCAGAUUAGUGGAGUCCAAUUCAGAUGAAAGGAGGUGGAAGCUUGAGCCUACUGGGAAAUUCUCCUGCAAAUCUUUCCAUAGCUUUUUAACUAGUGGUGGUUCAGAUCCCAUCUUUGCUCCUGCAAAGUUUAUUUGGAACGUCAAGGUCCCUACAAAGGUGAAGAUUUUGGGAUGGCUUGUGGUAUUGGGAAAGACGAAUACUUGUGAUGUCCUCCAAAAGAAAAGACCUGGAAGUUGUUUUUCUCCCCACUGGUGCAUUUUAUGCAAAAACCAAGGGGAAAGUGCUGAUCAUGUCUUUGUGCACUGUGAAGUCACUAUUUUCUUAUGGAAAAAUCUCUUUAGGGAGGCAAGAGUGGAUUGGACAACUCCAUUACAUAGAAGUGAACUGCUAAAAGAAAACCUUUUAGCUUUCGGCAAAGGGAAUAAGGCAAAAACCCUUUGGGGAUGUGGGGUGUUAGCAGUUUGUUGGGUGGUCUGGUUGGAAAGAAAUAGAAGAAUAUUUGAAAACUAUGGAGGGUUGGAGAGGGAAGACAUGUGGGAGAGAGUCAAAUUCUGGGCAUCCUUAUGGGCUUCUACUUCUAAGGAAUUUAAGGAUUAUAGUCUUUCUUAUAUUAUUCUUAAUUGGCAAGCAGCUGUAGUAUAA